AUGUGGAAGGAUUAUGUUGUUUAUCAAUCAGAAUUUUACCGACAAAAAAACAAAAAUAUCAGCAGAAGUGGCUACCAUGUGUUGGUAUGUGCAUUGUCUAUUCACAUUUACAGUAUAUGCGUUUUUUUAGUAUUAAUUAUGCCUUCAUCGCAAUUUGUCGAUAAUAGUCGUAUUUCCAAAUCGCAAGAAUGUUGGUAUGUUAUUAAAGUCUUGAUCUUUUUUAAUUUCAAGAUUGACGAUAGACCAGAAAGCUUUUACAUCCUUGGUGAAUUGCUGGAAGGUUCCCUAUCUCCUACAAAUAAUUACAUUCCACGACCUGCUAAUGAUGAUGACGAUGUUGAAGCGUGCUUUGUUUCAUCCUUCAAAUACGUUGUGACACCUGGCGAUGCCCUGUCUGAGAAGUUGUUGAAAAAUCCAGGCAAGGUCUCUAAUCUCUUCUUGCCUUCAUAA